GUAGUAGUCUUCUCUCCAGUAGCCGAAAGGUCCAUUGUCGUAGGGCCGAAAGUGUUUUCUUCUCCGCUUCAAUGGCCAACAAUCCGUCGCAGCUACUCCCUCAAGAGUUAAUCGACCGGUGCAUAGGAUCCAAAAUUUGGGUCAUAAUGAAGGGCGACAAGGAGCUCGUCGGCACUCUUCGGGGCUUCGAUGUAUAUGUAAACAUGGUCCUUGAAGACGUCACUGAAUAUGAGAUUACUGCUGAAGGAAGAAGGAUAACCAAGCUCGACCAGAUUUUACUUAAUGGAAACAACAUUGCAAUUCUGGUCCCGGGAGGUUCACCUGAAUCGGAAUAAGAUAAUUGGACCUCUGCGCCUAGUUGUUGAGUUGAUUUUUGCUUUUCAAUUGGUUGGGCCAGACUAAUUUUAAGUGAAGAUAUAUGCCUCCCAUUUGCUCUUCAUUUUGAAGUGCUUUGUUAUUAACUAGGUGACAUCUUUGUAAGAUGAUGGUAGAAUUUUUUAUUAUUAUUUCUAUGUGUAUUGUCUGGAAAAAAAAGAAUUCUACAACUGUGGGGAAUGAUAAAAUAUUCUUCAUUCUAAUUGUUAGUGUCAUAGAUAUUGAUAUACUCUGAGCAUUACU